AUGCAGGAAGCACAAGUGUUUGUCCGAAAUGACUCGGUGGAUGUCCGUGUUCACCAGGUGCCCAUCCCCAAACCCGGAGCCGGUCAGAUACUUAUCAAAGUUGUCGCGACUGGUACCAACCCCAAAGACUGGAAAUUCCCGGCAUGGAUGGAAAAGUUCAAUGGCGCCAAUACGGGAGAUGAUAUCACUGGAUACGUCCAUGAGAUCGGCGAUGGUGUCUCGGGAUUUCAAGUCGGGGAUCGGGUCGCCGCGUAUCACGACUAUACAGCUCCACAUGGCAGCUACGCUGAAUAUGCCAUCGGCGAAGACUACGCCACAUUCCACAUCCCUGGGAAUAUUUCCUUUGAGCAAGCGGCGACCGUCCCCCUCGCCGCUAUGACCGCGUCACUAGCACUCUUCUCUCGCCUGGGGUUGCCCGAACCGUGGUUCAAAGAAAAGACAUGGUCCCAGAAGCCAGAGGGUGGAGUACUAGUCUACGGCGCUGCGAGUGCCGUGGGAACAUUCGCUAUCAAGCUGCUACAGAAAGCCGAUAUUCAUCCGAUUAUCUGUGUCGCUGGACGGGGAAAAGAUUUCGUUCGCAGUCACCUGGACGAGAGCAAGGGUGAUGUGGUCAUCGACUAUCGCGAAGGGGAGUCGGCCGUCGUCGCUGCUAUUCGGAAAGCCACACAGCAGUUGCGUUAUGCUCUGGACGCUGUCAGUGAGACGGCCAGUUUCAGUGUUGUCAGUCAGGUGCUGGAUCCUGACUACGGUGCUAUGUCUGUUGUCAGCCCCGUGGGGCCGGAGGAGUGUCCUGGCAAGAUUCGGGUGGAAUUCACUGAUGUUGGAAGAGCUCACAGGGACGAGAAGGAAUUUGCUUACGUCUGGUCGAGGUUCUUCACUCUUGGGCUUCGGGAAGGCUGGCUCGCACCUCAUCCGCAUGAGCUCGUCCGUGGUGGUCUGCAGGGUGUCCAGACAGCGUUGACCAACCUCAAAAAGGGAAAGGCCAGUGCGCUCAAGUAUGUCGUGAAGAUCAAGGAGAAUUGA